CACUCACACCCUCAUUCCAGGCCUUUCCCACUCCUAAGCGUAUCCCCAAAUUCAGCAUGAAAACAUGCGGCAACUGCAACAAAGCUCAUCGCAGGGAUGGCCGAUCAAUUCAAUCACGGCGUCCCUAAGGUGUUGUGACAUUCCCCCGGCAUCCAUCCUUGGGGAGGGGGGGGGGGGACAUGGUAAUCAACCAUCUCUUGGGGCUUGCGAAUCCUACGGUCCGUUCUCCAAUUCCAAACCCGUUCAUGCCGGAAUGCUGAUGGUGGCUUUCUAUCGAUAUGCGAAGAAGCUGCCAGUCCGAAAACCCUUCCCGAGGAUACGUCCAAACGUACCAUGCAUCCUUUCAAUCAAUAUCACGCUACAUAUAAAGAAUUUACAUACGAUUCGUAGGAAGCAAGUCCUUCCUUCACGACUUCACAUUCCCUGUAGCAUGAUGCUUUCAAAAUUCAUCGACGGCCGUCGGCGCAGUCGAAUUUCCUGGGUUUGUGUAUUCUGGAACAUAGAACUGCAAGGAUCCUAUGGUCAGAAGUCGAGCGAUCCACGUAGAGUGUCAACCACUCGUACACAAAGAAGAGAAUUGCAUCCAUAGUACCAAAUCUGAGUUUCUCCGGUGUUUCGACACAAAUGAAUCAAACAGCCAUGCAUCACGAGAU